AACUCAAAUGGCGGGUAGCAGGAGACAGACGCGUUUAGAUGACGAUUACAAUAUGACGUCUGCUGGAUUGACAGGGCGAUGUCGUCUCUGUUUACCAUCCAGUAGCUGAUGGGAUGAACAACAUCUGGAAGGACAACCGAGCGACUUAUUCCACCCAACAAUAAACCCAGAAUUGAAACAUGGAGAGCCAGCCGUCCGUCUUGAGGGAAUUCUGCCCACUCCAGCACCUGCUGAACGCCAUCCCGGCCAAAGUUCAGCGCGGUUUCCGCUCGGUGGUGGUCUACCUGACGGCAGUGGACAGCAGCCGCGACUUUGUGGCGGUGGGAAGCAGCAUCGGCAUGUUGUACCUCUACUGCCGCCGCCUGGCGCACAUGAACAAGUACAGCCUGGAGGGAAAGUGCGACGCCAUCACCUCGGUGAAGCUGCUGAGCUGCUUUGACGAUCUGGUAGCGGCGGGAACGGCGUCGGGCCGAGUGGCCAUCUUCCAGCUGGUGUCACCGUUGCCGGGUCGCAACAAGCAGCUGCGGCGCUUCGAUGUGGUGGGCCUCCACAAAGGCACGGUCACGUCUUUGUCGUGGAGCGCCAACGGCAUGAAGCUUUUCUCCGGGGACGACAAGGGCCGCGUGGUCUUCUCCACUCUGGACCUCGAUCAGGGUACCUGCACGCCGGUGCUGCUCUUGGAGGAAACCUGCGGCGUCGUGCAGCUGGACUACAGUCACCAAGUUCUGCUGGUGUCCACGCAGCAACGCUCGCUGCUGUACUGCACGCACACGCAGCGGCUCCAGCAGCUUGGGGCCAAACCCAGGAAGAGUAGCGGCAGGUUCGGGGCCUGCUUCCUGCCGGCUCUUUGCAAGUCGAGCGACCUUCAAGCCUUUGCGGCCCGACCGGGACUCCGACUGUGGAGGUCCGACGUCUCGGGGCACGUGGUGGACACCGGACUGCUCAAAGACGUCUUCAACGCUUCGAUUCCCCACUUUGAGAUCUUGGCCCGUCCCUGCCCGGUCGGGGCCUACCGUCCGCCCGAGCGUCAGCUGGGUCUGCUCAGCUGCUUCCUCAAGGAGGGUUGGAUCCUCAGCUGGAACGAAUACAGCGUCUACGUGGUGGACUACGUCAAGCAGGUGCUGGUGGGCGCCUUGGAGAGCGGCGGGGACAUCGUGUCGCUGUCCUGCUGCGACAACGAGAUCUUCAUCCUGAAGGGAGACCGAGACCUCAUCCGACUGUCGGACGCUCCGGAGGGCGUCCCCCGUUCGCCGUCUCGCCACCCCGUACGUCUUUCUUCGCCGUUGACGCCGCAAGGCGGCGGCGUCGCGCCGACGGGUUGGGUGGAGGUGGCUCAGCCCAUCCGGACCAUGGCCAUCAUCGUGGAAGGCGGAUCCGGCGAGGGGGGCGGGAGUCACGCCGAGGCGGGGCGAGAGGAAGAGGAGGAAGCCGAGGAGGCGCGGGAGAAGGACGAGGACGGCAGCGUCCCGAGCGUGCGCUCGCAUAGCCGCAGCAGCUCCGUCACCUCCUGGGACAGUCUCCGCGGGAACUCCUCCGGCGACGCCGGCUCCCGCCGCUACAGCGCCCCCCUGGGGCAGGAGGAGGUGUGGCAGGAGCUGGUGGUGAAAGCCGUCAAGGUGAAGAAGAAAAAGAGGCAGCGACGAGACGGCGGCAGUGGGAAUCGUCUCUCUGAGAGCAGCUGCUCGGAGUCCAAGUUUGUCGUCCAGGACGGCGGCAGCAGCGAUGGCGGCAGCGGAGCGUCCCUCCUGGGGAGUUCGGAACUUCCGAAACGGGACUCUCCAACGGAGAUCGCGGACACGAGUGCCAAGGAGGAUGAAGCUCAGCGGGAGGAUUCCAGCCCGGCCCCUCGGGCUCCGGAGGAGGAGGCGGGGCCCCUCACCCCGAAUGUGGACGUGCUGCUGGAGUGCGCCUUCUCCUACGUGCGGCGUGACGGGUGCGAGCGCAAUCCAACGGACCGGCGGGACCAGCGCUUCCUCGGUCCUGUGACGCAAGCGGAGGCGGACGAGGAGGACGAUUCGGCGCCACCUGCCGGUGCGACGGACCAGCCCGUGAAUUCUGGACUCCGCGGCGAGAAGCCCAGCGUGUCCAGCGAUGACGACGAGAGCGACAUCUACCGCCACGGUCUUCCGCAUGCGGACGUCACCGAGGUGGAACGCGGCAGCGCGGGGGGGAGUCAAGCGGCUGAUGGAGCGUCGCAACGGGACGCUCGGGAUGGACCUGGACGCAAAGCUGAGCAGUUGGCCGAAUGCUGGAUGGGGUACUCUGGACCGGGAUGUGGAAUACUGAGCCUUCAUGUGACUGACAGAUACGUGUGGUGUUUGGACUUCAAAGGCGGACUCUACUGCAGCCUUCUGCCGGACAGCGGCCUUCAGUGGCAGCGCUUUGAGGACAACGUCCACCAGGUGGCGCUCUCCCCUUCCGGUCACCUGCUGUGGAAGGUGGAGCAGCGUAGCAUGACGGCGUACGCCUGCGCCAAAGUGGCGGCGCGCGGCGAGCGUCACUGGUACAAGGCGGCCACGCAGACGGCGUACGUGGCGCUCGGCGAUGACUCGGCCUGGAUCAUCAGAACCAACGGAGACCUGUACCUGCAGACGGGCUUGAGCGCGGAGCGUCCGUGCGCCCGUUCUGUCAAGGUGGACACGCCCUGCGUGUUCAGUCAGGUGUGCGUGCGCGGGGGCGUGGUGUGGGCGCUGAGCGAGCACAACGCUUUGUUCUACAGGGAAGGACUGGACGGCUUCUGCAGCCUCGGAGACGCCUGGAAGUACGACACCGUCAGCGAGGCUCAGGGCGUGGAGCUCAUGUGCGUCGCGCUGGGCGACGGCGGCACCGCUUGGGCGCUGGACGUCGGUGGCAGGCUCUUCUUCAGGACGGGAGUCUCCUCGCGACGACCGCAGGGGCACGACGACCACUGGUGGCAGGUCAGCAUUUCCGACUAUGUGGUCUUCGAUCAAGGCAGCUUGGUCCAGACGCUCCUGAGCGCCACGCAAAGCGUCGCCACGGUAACGAGGGCACCGGUGGAGCGGGUGGUGGCCUUCCUGUCUCAGUACUCUCAGCGCCAGCCCAGCCUGGUGGGCGCCAACGCGGGCGGCGUGUGGGUGGCGUCCGGACGCAACCGGCUGCACUUGGCCCGCGGCGGCCUGGUGGGAACCUUCUGGCAAAACCUGGUACCCAGAGGGACCGUGGCGGCCACCAGGUGGAGCUCCGUCACCUCUUCGGCCGUGCCCCACAAGGAAGGUGCCUUCCUGUGGUUGGCCCAGAGCAAGAAGGAUCUGUUCUGCGUCUGGGAUCAGGACGGAGAACUUCGGCCGUCCACGGUCACACUGCCGCCGGAGGCGGAGCUGACGCAGCUGUCGGCUUGCCGCGACGCCCUUUGGGGACUGGACGCCCACGGCCGGGUGUUCAUUCGCACCCUGUCCUCCCCCUGCCCCGCCGGUCUCCACUGGACGUCGCUGGACCUCGGUCAGCUCGGAAGUGUACGUUUGGUGAGCAUCAGCUGCGGCAGCCAGAACGUUUGGGCUCUCGACAGUCGCGGACUGGUCUACUUCCGGGUUGGAACCCAACCGCUCAACCCCAACAUGAUGCUUCCCGCUUGGAUCCACAUCGAACCGCCUGAGCAGCCUGUCGGAGUCCAGCUGGUCAGUAUUGAGACGAGUCCAAACGAUUGUCAUCUGUGGGCGCUGGACAACAGAGGCGCCGUUUUUGUCAGGACGGGACUCAGCAACGAGAUGCCCGUUGGGACGAAUUGGGACCCGGUACCAGGUCUGAGCGUCAGUCAGCUGGUUCUCAGUCGUCGGACGGUCUGGGUCCGAUGCGUCAAUGGAGACUUGGCUCGACGUUACGGCGUCUCCGAUAGAAACCCGGCUGGGGACUACUGGAAGAAGAUCCCGGGAAACGCCAACUGGUUGACCGUCACUCCAGACGACGACUUGUGGGCGGUGACCGCCAUGGGCGGACUGGCCCGUCGCAUGACAAAACUCCUCCCGCCAACACCCCGCCGCCCCGCCCCCCCUUCCGGAACAAACGGCGGCGGCGGUGACGAUGUUGACGACGAGUGGGAACUCCUCUGACGCCCUUCUGUGUGGACUUGUGUAAGAUAGCUGCAACAUUGUUUUUUUUUUUCAAUGCUUUCUCAUGAACUGGCGGCUGACAUCACUUCCUGGCAAACGUGUGAAAGUCUUUCUCGCGACAACGACGCCCUUGAAGGCCAAGAGAGACAAACUGGUUCAGACGGCGAGCACGCCUUAAUGUACUUGAGUGCACUCGGUAUGUACUGGUUUCAUAUUCAAAUCACAAUCUGAUGGACUGGUCACCAGUGGAUCGAUGGACUCAAGUGAGAGCUCGUGCUAGUGCCUCGAGGAAUUCUUGGAGGAAGGGGGGAAUUUCCCAGCUUGGGGCGCCCCUUGUGAUCAACCACAGACAGAGACCUCAACAGACUGACCCGGACACCAAUCGAUUGAUGGACCCAAGUGAACUUUUGGGCCGCCGAGCCCGAAAACUUCCGACGGUGCAUGUCCACAGACUUCAACAAACUGGACUGACCUCGGAUCGCUUUUCACCCGGGCUAUUCACUCGAUGGACUCAAAUGAACACGAGUGGCUCCGGUUUGAACUCUUGGGAGAACAAGGGAAGAUUGCACCGAAGGAAGUCCCUCAUGGACACAACGGCCACACUCCGACGGACUUGGGCGGACUCCGGACGCUGCCGGACAAGAUGCGCGCUUGGCAGCUUCGGCCAACUGACUGGUUUGACCUCGAUGCACUCUGCUAGAUUUUGGUGGACUCACCUGGAUUUACUCGCAUGCCCCGAAAAACUCUUGAAUUUUUGUGCCGUUGGGUGCAACAACAAACCCCAACACUACUGUAUCCUCUGACUGCAACGCACUUGACUAACCGUCCUGUAGCAAACGUUAACGGAUUCUGGCUGCCUUUGCGUCUUGGAAUGAGCUGCACUUUACUGGACGCUUUCAGUCCUGGGUCGGACUCGGAUAUGAGACGAUGGGUUGGAAAGUCACCCUUGGACGUAUUGAACACACUUGACCGGACUCUUAGAAUUAGCUGCACUUUAGCGCACUGUGAACAUUUUAGCUUGCGGCUAUCGGAGCGAGAAGUGAUGUCGUCCUCCAGCGUGCCGAUUGGUCGCAAACUCACCCGUGAACGUAUUAAAACACAAAGCUGCCGAACGCAUCGUCAGUGAGAGUCUUGCACUUUAUUACAAAAUCCAACACAAAAAUGUACACAGGGUCACGAAGUUCUUCCGUCAUCAGAAGCACUAGCAUGUUUCACUCUCUUUCCAGGCUAAGGGAAAGUCCAAUGUCAGUUUGCUGUGCGGUCGCAGGAACGCGGGCAAGCGGCUCAUUUGGCACGGGACCGACUGGGCUAAGGUCCUCAGAGCCUGGAGCAGAAGCGGCGGCGGCGCCCGACCGCUCAACCAGCCAAACACGUCUCGUCCCAAGAGGCUUUGCCAGCGCUGCGGUUCGUCCAGCAGGCGGCGCGGCGCCGCGGA